GAGAUGCUGGGGCUAUUGUUUACUCUGCGUUCUUUGAAGCAAUCCGGUGGAUACGCAUAGGGAGUUGGUCCGAGUUGUUAUCUGAACGGCCUAUCGCAUCCAUAUGGAGCAACCUGUCACGUGGCAGGCCCGCUUCCAGCCAGGUGAUGAUGCCAGGUGAUCUCCCCAGCAUCUUCAGCAUCAUCAUCAACUCACCGCCCAGAAGCUCCAUGAUCGCCAUGUUCGACUCCGGCAGCUCUACCCCUUGACUGCAUUGCUCCUGAUGGUCUAUACUUCGUCCUGUGUCUACACUACGAUUUCUUUUGUAGCGUACUAGAACCAGAUCCCCUUAUCACCCCCGGUUAUGUCUUCAGCUCCUGAAGCAGACAGACCAUCAAUGUUGUCUCUGUCUGGGAUCCUGGUGACCUCGUCAUGGUCCCGGCUUCAAGAACGAUUUCGUGGAUUGUUCCAUGGCGCUGACCCCAGAGUGUGCGUCGCAUUCUGGUUACUUGGUCUGAUAAACAAUGUCCUCUACGUUAUAAUCCUUUCCGCUGCCCUUGACCUGGUCGGGCCUAGUGUCCCCAAGGGAGUUGUCCUUCUCGCAGACGUCAUCCCCUCGUUUGGAACAAAACUGGUCGCUCCCUACUUUAUCCAGAGCGUACCAUACCCUGUCCGGGUAAUGUUCUUUGUUUUCUGUUCCGCGACAGGCAUGCUCCUCAUCGCGUUGAGCCCGGCGUAUACCGAUGGCGGUACAAUAUCCACAAAGAUUGCGGGCAUCAUUCUGGCCAGCUUGUCCAGCGGAGGAGGUGAAUUGAGCUUCCUUGGAAUGACGCAUUUUUAUGGGCCAUUCAGCUUGGCUGCCUGGGGCAGUGGCACUGGGGCAGCUGGACUGGUCGGUGCCGGUGCGUAUGCGCUAGCCACUACCUCCUUGGGAUUCAGUGUCAAGGCAACGCUUUUGGCGUCGGCUUGCUUGCCAGCUAUCAUGAUUAUGAGUUUCUUUGUAAUUCUGCCAAGAUCGCCGAUGCGUUUGGCAGGAGUAGGAACCGCCGAAUAUCGUGCAAUCAGAGCAGAGGAUCCUCAUGAUCCUCUGGAUGAAACGGAAGGGCUGCUUAGCUCCUCCCUUCGCUUGGGCCAGGGCCCCAAGAAAACUGACGAUGGUGAGGGAGGCAUUGGAUGGCAUGCUUUCAAGGCCAAUCUACAGCGGGCUAAAGGGCUGUUCUUUCCGUUUAUGCUUCCGCUCCUAUUAGUCUAUGUCGCCGAGUACACGAUCAACCAAGGGGUCUCCCCGACCCUACUCUUUGCCCUCGAGGAUUCGCCGUUUGAGCAUUACCGUGCUUUCUACCCAGCAUACAACGCGAUCUACCAGGUUGGCGUCUUCAUCUCGCGAUCGUCCACCCCUUUUUUUCGCAUCCAUAAUCUGUACCUCCCCUCCUUGUUGCAGAUUGUCAACCUGGCUGUAUUGACCGCGCACGCCGUGAUUGGAUUCAUCCCAAGUGUGUACAUCAUUUUUGCCAUAGUCUUCUGGGAAGGGUUGUUGGGCGGGCUGGUCUACGUUAAUACGUUCGCGGAGAUCGGGGACCGAGUUCCCAAGGAAGACCGAGAGUUCUCUCUCGGGGCAACAACCGUCAACCAUCUCCUCGGGAGACCGUCCACCAAGUUCCGCAAGAUCCAGGUCCUUGCUGUAUUCCUAUUCUGGUCGCUAUAUCUAUUCAGAGGAAACAAGCAUGGCCCUCCUGUUGUCCGCAGAUUCUCCUCCCGCCUUUCGGAAAAGCUGAGCGUCUGGCAAACCACAGUCAUCGUCUUCCUCUGGCUCUAUGUCUCCCGCAACUUUGCGAAGAUCGUCGGUCUUGAGUGUCCCGAACCCAUGGCAAAUCUGUACUCGCGCUCUUUCUUCCGGGCAACAUGGCUCACCACAGCGCUAGAUGCUGGCUUUUGGACGGCAAUGGGAGUCAAGCCAAAAUGGCUCAGGGAUAUUGCCUCCAUGGUCUUUUCGGGGUAUUACAUUAUCGCAGCAGAGCGGGCGGACGAGAAAGUGCGCCGGGUACGGGCCACACUGACUGUGGAGCAUAUGCGUGUAUCAUGGAAUAAGAGUACCACACCGUAUCUCUGGACCCUUGCUAGUCUGGUACGCCCACGACUCACCAGAUACCCUCCCCGUGCGAUCCGAAUUCCUCGUCCACCGUCGUCAAUAUACGACGAGCCGACCAGUGCAUGGCUUUACUUCGAUGGCCCUCUAACCGCGCUACGGGAUCAAACCUGCGUUGUCUUGGAUAUCCCUGGAGGUGGAUUUGUUUCAAUGAGCCCUCGCCAUUCCGAAGACCGGCUGCUAGCAUGGGCUGCUAAGACGAAGGUUCCGAUCUUGAGCCUCGACUAUAAGAAAGCUCCGGAGUAUCCGUACCCAUACGCUUUGAACGAAUGCUACGAUGUGUAUCAUACUAUUGUAUCCACCCGGGGUCGCUGCCUCGGACUCAACGGGCGAACACGCCCUAGCGUUAUUCUUGCAGGCGACAGUGCUGGCGGAAAUCUUGCUACUGGCGUCACGCUGAUGAUACUCCAAUCUGGCACCAGUGAUGCCUCACACUGGCAGAGCCAAAACGUGCUUCCGCCACCAGAUGGGCUGGUUCUGGCCUACCCCGCAUUGAACAUGAAAAUAGAGAGCUGGAUGACAGAGGAACAGAUGUCAUUAAUCCAAGAGAAGAGCACGCGGCGCACGAACGAGAACGUCCUUCGUAGGAAGGAUAUGGACUACCACCGCUUGACUCCUUACACCUCCCCAGGCACCUCGUUUGGAGAUUUCCAGCAUGACUCCUUUUCUGACGCCGAUGAGGAGGGAAGUAAUUUGGGUGACAUUGCUUCAAAGAAACUUGCACAGCAACAAAGGCUAGAUGUCCAUGCAGCGGAGGCAGCGGCCGUUGCUGAGCACCAGCCCAAGCAGAUUCGCACUCGACUAGCCGUGUCAUCAGUGAUCUCGUAUGUGAGCGAUCGGAUCCUGACACCGGAGAUGAUGAGAGCAAUGAUCAUUCUCUACAUUGGGCCUCAUAACCGUCCCGACUUCAACACGGAUUAUCUGCUUUCCCCAGCGCUGGCUCCCGAGGCUCUUCUGGCCAAUUUCCCCAAAACAUACUUCAUCACCGGAGAGCGCGACCCCCUUGUUGACGACACCGUGAUCUUCGCCGGGCGGUUAAGACAGGCCAAGCUCCGCCAAUUCCAAGAACGCCAAGAGCUCGGUCUCGAGAGGUCCUAUCGCUUAUUCAACGAGAAAGACCAUGUCGAAGUCUCGCUACUCCCCGGAAUCUCCCACGGGUUCAUGCAAAUGGCCGGGCUCUUCCCAGAUAGCUGGAAACACAUCUAUCGCUGCGCGACGUGGAUCCAGGACCUUUUCGAGAUCGCCCACGCCAAACGGUCCUCCAGUCUCCUGCAAUCCCUCUACAACACCUCCCAACUACCCAAAGGCUCCAAGCCCGCUCUUCGCGGCGGCCGCGCCCGAAACCACACCCGCCAUCUAACCGGCGAAUCUUCCGCCGACGAAGACAAACCGUUGGAAAUGGGCAUCAGCAAGCUCACCCCACUGACACCCGUGGCCCGAAGCGCCAGUGCCCCGAUCGAUCACAGCCAGGACCCCGCAAAUCCCGACGCUAUGCACGCGAAGAACGAGCGAAUCCGAAGCGUUUCGCGGGGCCGUCCUCUCCGGCCUGGUUUCGCCCGAAAACAACAACAUCUUGUCCCCUCCAAGCUGAGCAUUCCUUCCGCCGAGGGGUUCAUCUCCAAGCCUCGGAGUCCCGCCCCCUUGCGCGAGCGUAACCGCAGCCUGACCAGUCUCGCCAGUGAGGAGGACUUGCUUGAUCGUCGAAUGAGUGGGCUUGCCGGUGGGUUGAUGGGCAUUGGGGAGGGCGCGAGAACGCCGUAGUAUCUAUCUAUAUCUAACUCUUUCGCCUGUUUGGGAUACUAAUCUGGCAAACGGUUGCGUGGAAGACCCACCCGACACCAUUGACAAUAUGAAUCCUACGACCCCAUUUUCUUCUCUUCGCUGUACUUGGAUAGAUAGGUUAUGAGCGUAUGAGAUUUUAUUUUGUGUAGUAACAACAAUGAUCGAUAGAAACAAUAUACGCACGCAC